AAUCCAAUGCUAAUGAUAGUCAUGUGACCAAUGUUUGUUUAGAGAAGGCCACAAAGACAACUUGUAACAUGUACAAUCAGAAAAAAGUUGUGGACUUGCUUUGAGGUCCCCCAACCUAUUAAACACAAGACUGUGAACUGUAUUCUUCACACAAUAUCUACCAGCUCAGUUAGAUCUAACUGCUACAUUCAGAAUCAAGAAACACAAGUGCAAUGGAUCAAUCUCAAUCGACACAAGAAGAACAAGAGAAUAAACAGCCACAACAAGUGAGCAGUCACAGUCGGUCAGUUCAACACACAAAUACUUCACCACUAAUUGUGAGUACUCCACGCUCAAUAAGAGAACAACACAUCACUGAAACUGCCUCUGAUGAUACUCUACAACUAAUUGUCAGUAUUCCAAGAAUACAUCGAGCUGCAGAGUCAGAGAAAAAUAGAAAGGCUGUGCUACAACUGGAACUCCAAAGCUCACCCUCUGAUGAACGAAGACAUCAUCUGGAGGCUGAACUUGCACACAUUAAUAUUAAGAUACAAGUUGUGGAAGAGAGACAGAGACUGAGAGUGAAAUCUGAGUUUGAGCAGUCACGUAGAAAACAAGAGUCACAGCAUCUCUUUGAUGGCGCCAUGAAGGAUGGACACGUUCUUCUUCGCAACAUCAAUCUCCUACUCAUGGGUGCAGCUGGUAGCGGUAAAUCAGCGACAAAAGAUCUCUUGCUUGGUAAUCCACCCUCAGGAGUACGGAACAGUACUCCAUGUCGAGAUAGAAUAGCCCACGUUCGACCAGUCACCAAUCUUCAUUUCCAUAGUUUCGAGAGCAAAUGGGAGGAAGUGAGCGAACAUGUUUUGAUCAAAAUGCUGGCUAAGGCCAUUCAGCAUCUACCCCAGAGCUCUCGUGACAAGUUGCCUAGUGACCUUCAGACCAGGCUCAGAGAAUUGGCCAGUACCAGUGCAGCAACCGAAGCUAAUUCAACCCCACUUUCUCAAGAAAGUGUGCCUCCUGUGCAGCAAGCAAUCAAAGAUGUCGUCACGUUAGUCGUUGAAGCUAUGGUGUCAAUACCUUUACAACAAGAAGCCUCAAUCUCCUCAACUGAAAGCAAAGAACUGUUUGGUACAAAAACGAUGCGUGUGACCGACAAUGGUGGACAGCCCCAGUUUCACGAUGUGGCCCCUCUCUUCAUUCGACAUGCUUCAGCAGGGCUGUUUGUUUCCAGGCUCACUGAUGAUUUUGCAGAUUAUCCCCACGACGACUUGUACAAGGAUGGAAAGCCAGUCGGUCCCUCAUCUCCAUCUCACCUUUCCUAUCUGGAAACCGAUAUGAGUUUACUGCGAUCCUUUCUCUCCUGCAAGCGGGAUAGGAUAACGCCACGCCCCAUCUUUGUGGGCACUUUCUCCGAUAAAAUCAAAGAUCAAAAAGUUAUCGACAAGAAAAACCAAGCUUUGUUUGAUGCUUUGCCUCCUGAACUGAAAGAAGAAGUCAUCUACAGCAAUCUUCCAUUGAAACAGGUGAUAUUCGCCGUCAAUGCUUGCAGUCGUGAUGAAAAUGCACGAAUGGUUGCCAAUGAAAUUCGGAAAGCUGUGGAAAAUUCACCUACAUUCGACCUCAAAGUUCCCCUAUGGUGGUUCAUCCUCGAGUUAGCUCUACAAAAGCUCUGCAAGAUCAUGAAAAGAGGUAUCCUUAGUAAGAGUGAGUGUAUCGCUUUGGCUCAACAGCUUGGAUUCGAUCCAUCUGCAUUGGAUGCUGCUCUCGACUACUUCAAUGACAUGUGCAUUGUCCACUACUACCCACACAUCCUGCCCCACACUGUGUUUGUGGAUCCUCAAGUCCCACUAGACAAAGUUAGUGAGUUAACACAACAUGCUGUCUCCCUGAGGGAUCAAAGGAAACCUCCUUCUGCUAAGGCUGCAAAAUGGCUCAAGUUCAGAGAUCAAGGCAUUUUCACUAUUGAUAUGCUCGAAUCGGAAGAGUUCCAGAAGCAUUACGAAGACGGCCUUUUCACACCUGCUGAUAUGAUAGCAAUCAUGAUGGAGUUUCUGAUAAUAGCCCCUCUCACCAUCCCCCUACUUGGUCGAGUUGAUUGCUCCUUCUCUCAAGUGGAGUUUCUCAUGCCCAGUCUCCUCAGAUCUGUUCCACCCUCUGAGCUAGAGGACCAUCGUGUAUUCACUUCCUCAGCAGAUCCUCUUCUCAUCCGAUUUGUCAGUGGCUGUAUUCAAUAUGGGAUCUUCUGCUGUCUGGUGGUGUUCCUAAUCAAGAAGUGUGGGUGGCUAGUGCGUCUUCCUUCUGGAGGGCCAGUUCUUCUUGCCAGGAACUGUGUCAAGUUUCGAUUACCCAAUUCUCCUUGUAGCGUUACACUGAUUGAUUCGUUCUCUUAUAUGGAGGUCCAUGUCAAAGCCCGACCACAUGUGCUUCCGAACGUGUGUCCUCUAGUUAGAGCCAGUGUCCUUGAAGGUGUAGAUGCUGCUUCUGAUGCACUUCACUACAACAACGACAAGCCAGUCAUUAGCAUAUUCUGCCCACACGAAGGAGCAACACGACAAGGCAAACGCCAUUUUGCUGAUAUCUAUGUAGCGAAAAAACUGUGGUGCUGUUCUAAAGAUUUUGAUCUAGAUGGGGAUCUCAAGACGAGUCAUACUGUUUGGUCAGAUAUGGAAAUUUCUCCUUCGGAUGGGUCACCAUUUACCUUUUCAAUCCAACCCAAAGAUGUUUGCUGCAAACCUGGGGGAAAAAUUGAGUUUACGAUAUCGACAGCUCCAUCUGCUACUACAUAUCAGUGGUACUAUGAAAAUCAAAAAAUAUCAUUUCCUGACUAUGAAGGACAAACAUCUAAACGCCUCCUGGUGUCAAAUUUCCUUCCUAAGCAUAAAGGUGCUUACUGGUGUGUUGCUGGAGAUGGAUCAGGCACACAGAUCACCUCACGUCAUGCAGCACUCACUGCAGAAGGAGAGAUGAUUAAAGAGUCAGAAUUGAACUUCAUAGGGAACAUUUUGAAAACAUCUGCAAUUGACUUUGGAAAAUACGGGAUUGACACAGUGCUCCUACUCAAUGGCGAGAGUGAUGUUACUUACGAAGAGAUGGAGUUCGUAAUGAAUUUGAAUCCAAGGACACAAGUGUUGUCCAUCAACCUAAAGCAGGAAAUCACAUCAAGACUGAAAGAAGAGCAACUCUAUGCACAGGCCAUAAAAGAGAAGGUCUCUCUUACUUACACCAAAAUCCUUGCCCUUGGCCCAGGUCAGGUUGGAAAAUCUACUUUUGUUCGCAGAUUAUUAGGAAUAAUGAAAGGGAAUAUCCUAACAUCUCCUCCAGAAACACAGCCUCAAUCUAGUACAGGUACUUCAGAGUCGAGAGAAGCCUGUAUACAGUAUACAAGAGUAAUUGGUGCUAUAACUAAUAAAAAGUGGCGUGUUUUGCAACAUGAACUUCACGAUCAACUAAGUGGCUUGAUGUCAUUAAUAGUUAAACAAUCUCAACAUCAGCAAAGCUCACAGCAAGGCCCACAUCAUGGAACUAAGAUUGAAAUAAAAGAGUCACUUGAUACUGCUGUACCAGUGAAAAAGGAUGAUACACAUUAUAAAACAUUAUCUGCUGAUAAUGAAGGGAAUGAAAGUCAAGCUUUGGAAAUGCUACCAGUUACAUCUACUACAGUGGCUCGAGUACAGAUCAAUGCUAGUCAAAUUGCAUUAAUGCCUAAGGAAUCAGAUAUUGAAAAAUCAAUUAAAGAAUUUGAAGAACUAAAACAUAAAUGCAGUCAUAGGCUAGAUAGAAUGGAAUUUGAAAUGCUAUUUAAUAUAAUUGAUAUUGGUGGCCAACCAGCAUUUCUAGAAAUGCUACCAUCCUUAACUAUAGGACCAGCUCUAUACCUUGUAUUUAUGAAUCUUGAGCAGGAGCUAGGUUCAAGAUAUCCUGUGCUGUUUAAAACCAAGGAUCAAACAACAAAUAUUUGUAAGAAUUACUCUUAUACUUCUGAAGAAGUGUUAUUUUCUGCACUUUCAAGCAUAGCUUGCUUUGGACAUCCAGAUGAGCAAGUGGAAAGGUACGUUCAAAAAUCAAAAUCAGGUGAUAAAGAGCAAAAAGAUUCUCUUGCGGUGCUUGUGGGAACGUUUCUUGACAGAGUUAAUGACAAAGAUAUAAAAUUAACUAACAAGCAGAUAAUGAAACGACUUAAAGACACAGCAUUUUAUAAAGAAGGGCUCAUUCUCAGCAAUAGCUUCAGUUUAUUAGUUAACAAUGAGAGUGGCGAUGACAGUGAAAUAGAAAAUCACAGAGAGAAGCUAGAAAGAAUACUCACUGCAAAAUUUCGAAAGUAUCAAAUUCCAACGCAAUGGUUAAUGCUCAGCAUCUGUCUUAAGCUCCUUGCUAGAAACCAAAACAAGUAUCAUGUUUCCUUUAAUGAUUGUGCCAAGUUGGGGGAGUAUUUCGACAUGGACGAAGACAUGGUGAGCGUUGCCUUGCAAUUUCUCCACAAAUACAUUGGGCUUGUUAUGUAUUUUCCUCAUCAUGAAAACCUUAAGAAAAUCGUGAUAUGUGAUCCCCAAGUAGUAUUUUCAACUAUCAGUGAACUAAUCUUUAAUAUUUACGAUCACAACAAGCUUCAAGUUAGCGAAGCACAGUAUGACCGAUUUGUGGAAACUGGUUGCUUUUCACCUCAAGAUAUCACUCUAAUAAGUGAUAGAGAAAUACUUGUGAAUGCAGAGAAUAAGGAACUUCUUCCUAUCAAUAAAUUAGUUGAUCUACUACAGUACCUGAAUAUUGCUGCUAAAGUUCCCGUAUCUUCUGGUAAGGAGAAGGUAUUGUAUUUUCUACCUGCGGUUCUUCAAACUGCCGAAACAGAUAUUGUUAAAAGAAAGCAGAAAGGAGAAAAUGAUGAAUUGCUUCCAGAACCAAUCUGCAUUCGAUUCAAAACGGGAUAUAUACCUUUAGGAUUUGUGUGUGCUUUAGUUGCAAAUCUUACCGUUGAAAAAGAAUUCAAUCUACUGGAUGAAAGCAACAAGCUCUACAAGAAUAUGAUUCAAUUUCGAUUCCGGGGUAUAUUCAAUGUCACUGUAAUUUCUUUGUCACGGUAUUGUGAGUUUCGUGUCACUAGGCAGCUUCUAGAUGAUGACACUGAGUUUUGGAGUGAGAAAGGUUGUCCUCUUAUCAUGAAAAAUGUACGUACAGUUUCCAAUAAGGUUAUUCAAUCUAUGCAACAUGGCUUGCGUUCAGUAGCUAAUGACUAUGAAUUUGCUUUCCAUUGCCCAAGACACUCGGACGCAGACUUUGGCCAGGAACCUCUCGCUGAACUUGUUUAUGACUAUUCCAAUCAACAGAUUGACAAAAUUAUUCCUGAUAACGCUAUGUGCACAAAAUGUAAAACUACUAUUCAUCCACUAACUCCUGAAAUGAUGUUCUGGUUUGGUAAGAAACCAAGCACUCCUCUAAAAAUAUGCGGACAACCUUCUUUGAAAGGAAAUGUCAUAAGCAUACGUGCUGAUGGAGUACGACCACUAACAUAUGAAUGGCUUUUAGGUGGGAUAAAGUUCUGUGAUGGUGACGAUCAAGGCUAUGACGGCUAUGCAACAAAUAAACUUGUCAUUAAAGAUAACGAUUUAUUGUCGGAAGGUGUUUUCAAAUGCCAAGUGAAAGAUGGGUUUGGGAAGUGCAUUGAAUCUGAUGAGCUUGAUCUCUUUGAAGAUGAGCUCAAAAGAACUUGGAAAUUAAAAAAAUCAGAAAUCAGAAAAUUAAAAAAAAAUGGAUUUUCAAGUAUUAGAGAACUGAAAAAUCUCCAGCUUAACACACUGGACUUUAACAUGGGUGAGAAGGAAAGGAUGAAACCACUCCUUGCUUCUGAUCAGACAAAAUAUGACAGUUCCUCAGCUUCAGGUGAAUUGUCUGCUGGAACAAAUGAAGAAUCAAAACGUAAUAGUACCGAAUCCACUGUAAUGACGCCAUUAUCAGAUGAGGCAUUGCUGUCAUCAGAAAGAUCGGCAACUCCGGUUCAGAUAUCCUCAUCAGUUGGUGUCAGUGAUGACAGCCAAGUCCGUAUUCAAAAAGGAACCCAAGAUCUAAUGAAACAAUACUGUCUGACUGACGAGCAGCUCAACAGUAAAAUAAAGCACUCCAAUUUUCCCUUCCUAGCCAAAUAUUUCGAUGGUGUUACGAUCUAUUCAAAUGCCCUUGGACUAACUACCGCUGAACAAACUGAUGUAAAUGUGUUGUACCAGAGAGAAGGAACUCAAGUAGCCAUGAUUAAGUGUUUGUCUUGCUGGAAUCAGAACAAUCCAUAUGCAGCUACUUACAAAGCUCUACUAAAUUUGUUACUAAAACUGAGGAAAGAGAGGAUAGCUGAUGAAAUCUGUCAGCACUUGACUCAGAGGUGUGAGAGGUGCGGUCACAGACUGGUUGCACAAGUGUUAAACUGUACAGAUCAUUAUUUUUAGAAAUUAUUGUAAUCGUAUACGUGUGUUAUUAAUUAAAGUAGGUAGACCGUAGUUUGACUUUCCAAUUUUAGUAGGUUGAUUUUCUAUAUACAUAGUCUAUUCUUACAUCAAACCUGUACAUGUCAACAGAAAACUCAAUAGAGAGAUAGACUACUUAUCAAUGUAAUUGUUUUAUUGUGUGAGCUGUUGUACAGCUAUUUUAUGACAGUUCAUGAUCAGCUA